GAAUUUUAUUUACGCAUCUUCUCAUCGCUCUUUUUCUUCUCACAAAACAAUUAAAAUAAUUAACUAAUUACAAAAAACCGAGAUUCUGCAGUAAAAAAAGACUUGGCUGGUGAUUAAGCAAAGGCGGAAAGUUAAUCACGCUUCUCGUCCCUUCCAAACUUCCAACCGUCACUUUUUCUUUCCGAGGCAGGAAUUUCACCCUGAUUCAUUAUCUAAUAAGCAGAUAAGGAGCAGCUCGCUACUUAACUAAAACUACUCGAAAAAUGGAUAAGGAACAAGUAAGCAAAUUAGUCGGAUUACUUUGUGACGAAGAGGCCCAACCCGAACAACAGGUGAAUGAUGAAGUUAACGACGAAGCCCAAUCUGAACUGGUGGUCGGUGAAAUUACCAUCAUUGAGUUGGAUAAUCCGCUGUUCGUCGAGUUUGUCGCCCUCUCCCCCGACUCCGACUGGAGAUUCAACUCCAAGAAGGAGUACAUCGACAACCUCGCAAAACUUGAUAAGUCCAUCUCCACCUAUCAAUACUUAUCAGCCUUGGUCGAACUUCCAUUGACGAAAGACCGCCCCACCUACAUGUUGGACCUGGACGAGUAUGAGAAGCUCCUACUGAAGUUGUUCUAUCGUCCACCUUACCUGCGCAUGGGUCUUGUCAACCAGAUCGACGAGUUAAAAACGUUCUGCGCCGCGGUCAUGAUUGGAUGGCGUUUCUUCCGACAUAAUUGCAUCGGAUUGCGCAAGAUUAUCGAGUAUCUCGCUGAAGACACCCUGAUUGAGGACAUCCAGCGGAUGGAGCGCCCGUUCUUGGUGAUGUUGAAGGACAUCGUUCUGUGGAGGUUGCACCCGGGAAGGUUCGACAAAAGGUGGAAGAUCUUCCAAGUUCAGUCUGAGAGUUUGCCGUUGCCCGAAUUGGGAAGUGGCGUGCUUGGAUUACUAGCAAAGAAGAUCAUCGUGCGGUACCAAUCGGGGGAAGACUACGACGACGAAACUGACGAGAUUGACGACGACGACGACGAGGAGGAGAUCGCCCUCAACCAAUUCAUGAAGUCGAAAAUGUUCGAAUAUAGGAAGAUCUGCGAGGCGGAAGGCUGCCUUGAAAUUGAGGAGAACAGGGAUUCCUAUGCUCACUGCUCUAAAUGCAAGACGGCGUACUACUGCUCGAGAAAAUGUCAACGCCAGGGCUGGAGGGACGGUCACAAGCACGUCUGCAGUCUCGAACGUGCCGAAAUAAAAGGAAUGGCUGAGCAAUUCCUGUUUAAAAACCAAACUUCGUCUCUAGGCUCGGAAGUUAUGAAGAGAUAUUGCAAAAAUUUUUAAAUGGUUGCGUAUUUUUAAUCAAUUAGUUAACUUUUAUUGCAUCAAUUAUGAGUCCUUCAACGAUAUGAAUUUAACCCCAAUCAAUCCUCUGUGAUUUCUUAAUCAAAAUGUGUAGCAAGAAUCGGAAAUAUUGAAAUGAACUUACUUAUGAAUAAAUGAAUCAACCAGGAUUUAUUAAGCAUUUUUAAAAUAUGGUUGUGUAGUUUUUAAUGCGUUGUUUAUUAAUUGUAGUAAUUAAUAAUUAGUUAACCUUUUAUUGCAUUAUAUUAUGAGUCUCUUUAACGAUAUGAAUUUAACCCCAAUUCCUGUGAUUUCUUAAUCAAAAUUUAUGUAGUAAGGAUCCGAAAUAUUGAAAUGAACUUGUGAAUAAAUGAAUCAACCAGGAUUUAUUAAACAUUUUUAAAA